AUGGAAAGGAAGGGGGGACCGGGCAAUAAUAGACUGUUACCUGAGAUACCAGAAAGCCCUGUGCGUCCAAAGGUUCGGGUAAGGCCUAAGUUUCAAGACGCGACCCCAUCCUUCGUCCUGCCGGCCUUGUCUGAGGAGGAAGCCGCUGAUUAUGGACUGUCAACUGGAAUUUCCAGACGCUCGUUUGGAGGAGGUGUACAGCAGAGUUUUGGCAGAGGCCUGGGCCACGCCAUGAGCAACGAUGCUGCUUUUUCAGCCAAAUCCUCCAGGCAAGGUGGCAGCAUCAAGCUAAAAAAAAACAGAGAACAGUUUCGCAAAGCUCUCGUCAGCAUCAUCAUGCAGCAGGAGUCUGACACUGGUAAGAUCUUCACAGGUGACAGCUCACCACCCACCUGUGGCCCACUCACUUCCACCGAAAAGUGCAUUUUGAGAUAUAACUACUACAUUCGACAUGGGAUUGACAUAGAAGACGUGGCACCAAUGGAAGACUCCUGGCUGGAGAAUAUCCUGGACCUGGUGCCGAGCCACCUGAAGAGACAAACGACAACCAUUGAGGCUCUCUCAGACGAGAUAAGGGAGGACUACCUGUUCAGUGUUCAGAAAGCCAUGGUGGAUUUGGCACUACGAGACCCAAGAGAGAACGAAGACGAGAAGGUCAAAGGUCUACCCCCUCAUAGAGAAGAAAUGGAAGUUGUGCCAAAGCCAUGGAAGACGUCCUUCCACCAAACCAAGAAAAGGAUGAAAAACCGGCUCUACUCCUUCAACCCCACCAUGCUGUCUGUGUUGGACCUGUGGCACAUGUCCUUCAAGAAGUUGAGGCUUAUUGAUGUGCAGGAGUUCCACACCAGACAGGAGUCCAUGGAACUCUCAGUCUUCCAGCAGUUGGUCAGCAAACACAUUGAACGUGCCAAAGACGUCCUAAUGGAGAAGUGGCUUCCCGAGGUGCAUCACAUCUACUACCAGGGGAACAAGCGCAAACUGGUCCCCAGUGAUGCUAAUCCAGCUCGGCUGCAGUCCUUCUUCAACUGUGUAGCGGCGCUCAUGACCUCCCAACUCCAAAGUCUGGCCCUGGAAUCCAUCCACGACUACACCCGCCUGAUAGCUCAAGACCCACAUUCGGUGAGAGCCUAUGAGCAUCCAGGCUUUGUUCUGAGGUUGAUCCUGGAGCAGAAUGAAAUCAAGUUUGAACCUCAGUUCCAAGACUUCGAGGUCAUUUUGGUGAACGUCUAUGACGCAAUGCUGAAGUCCAUCAGCUUGAUGCCUCGAGUUGAGACAAAACUUUACUCAGAAUGGCCAGGCACAGAGACAGGCAGCCUGAAUCCCAUCAUCCUGCCUGAGAUCAUACAGGCCCAGAAGGAGGAGGUCCAGCAGGUGAUCCGCGAGGAGAGCAGUGGACCUCUGGAGCAUGUACGCCUCUAUGAUAAAUACGCUCCGCUGGUGUCCCAGCAGGCAGAGGAGGAUGUUGAGCAGUUCUUGCGUGAGCAGCACUCCUUCCAGGAGAUGAUGAUGGAGGUGACGCGCUACCAGCAGCUGGCAGAUGAGAUUCAGUACAACUCCUGUAAGGUGGUCCGACUCGGCAUGUUUGAAGUCCUUUCCCAUGAGCUGGUCCGUGCCCUGGUGAAGCGUGCAGAGGGACUCAGAGAAAAAUUGGUCACCCACAUGCUGCAGGAGCACCAGAUAUUCAAUAAGAAGUUAUGUGAGGAGUUUGAGAAGGUUGCUGAAAAAGCCCUCAGCAUACCUUCAAACACACAGGAGCUCAUGGCACUUAAGGCCUAUGUGGACAAGGUUGAGGCUGAGGAGAUGCCCAAGCUCGAGCUAAAGCUUAAGGACUCAAACACACGGCUGUGCUUCUUGGUUGACUAUGUCAUGUUUUCCCGCAUGGACAUGGAGCUAAACAGGCAAACUUUCCAGUGGCACAUGCGCAUGCCAUCUGUCUUUGAUGAGCACCGACAAAUCAUUAAGGAGAAGACCGUGCAGUUUCAGGAUGGCCUCAAGCUGCGCUGUGAGAGGUUUGUGGAAGACCUGGAGAGCUAUGCCAAGCAGGUAGAGGAGUUCCUCACUUUCGGGGAGCUCUCUGAGCUCGGCAAGUAUCUGAAAAAGGCUCAGGCACUCAACUCCAAACUAGAGACUGCCAUGGAAAAGAUUGAGGGCUUCAACUCCGAGGAAGAAGCAUUUGGAUGGCCCACCUCUCAGUACCCGCAGCGCAAAAAGGUCCAGGACCAACUGCUGCCAUACCUGCGUCUGUACCAGACAGCCUCUGAGUUCCAGGCCCAGCACAAGCAGUGGCUCCAUGGCCCCCUCGCCUCCGUUAACCCAGACAAGGUGGAGGGCGAAGUCAGCAACUACUGGCGCACUCUCUACAAGCUGGAGAAGAGCUUCCAGGAGUCCCCCAAGGCCCUUCACAUCGCCACCUGCGUGAAGACGGAAGUGGAGGCUUUCAAAGAGCACAUCCCUUUAGUGCAGGUGCUGUGUAACCCAGGCUUGCGUGACCGCCACUGGGAAUCCAUGUCGGCAGUGGUGGGCUUCCCCCUCAAGCCUUCCGAGGAGGUGGCCUGCGUUGCCCACUUCAUCCCCCUGCGCCUGGAGGCCCAUCUGCCCAGCUUCGAGAACAUCAGCGAAGCUGCCAGUAAGGAGUACUCCCUGGAGAAGGCCAUGGAGCGCAUGGCGGGCGAAUGGGCCGGCAUGGAGUUCACCCUGCUGCCCUACCGAGAGACCGGAACCUCCAUACUGUCCUCAGUCGAUGAAAUCCAGAUGCUGCUGGACGAUCACAUUGUCAAGACUCAAACCAUGCGUGGCUCGCCUUUCAUCAAACCUUUUGAGAAUGAGAUACGGGACUGGGAGGGUAAGCUACUCUUGCUGCAGGAGAUCCUUGACGAGUGGCUGAAGGUGCAGUCCACCUGGCUUUACCUAGAGCCCAUCUUCAGCUCUCCAGACAUCAUGGCCCAGAUGCCUGAGGAGGGACGCCGCUUCACCACUGUGGACAAAACCUGGAGGGAUACCAUGAAGCAAGUCAGCCUGGACAAGCACGUCCUGGCUGUUGUGGCUAUAGAAAAGAUGCUGGAGAAGCUGAGGAAAAGCAACGAGUUUCUGGAGCUCAUUUUGAAGGGCCUAAACGAAUACCUGGAAAAGAAGAGACUCUUCUUCCCCCGUUUCUUCUUCCUGUCCAACGAUGAGCUGCUGGAGAUCCUUUCAGAGACUAAGGACCCAACCAGGGUGCAGCCCCACCUGAAGAAGUGCUUUGAAGGCAUAGCCAGCGUGGUAUUCACAGAUGUACUGGACAUCACCCAUAUGAAGAGCAGUGAGGGCGAGGUGGUGGGCCUCCUGGACACCAUCUCCACCUCCAAAGCCCGUGGUCAGGUGGAGAAGUGGCUGCUGGAGCUGGAGUCUGGCAUGCUGAAGUCCUUACAUAAGGUGAUAGGUGAGGCCAUUGAGGCUUACCCACAAAACCUGAGAAUCAACUGGGUGCGAGAGUGGCCGGGCCAGACGGUGCUGUGUGUCUCGCAGGUCUACUGGACCAAACACAUUCAUGAAGCCAUUGCCAAGGGACCUCAGGCUCUUGAAGCUUACUUGCAUCAGAACAACACUCAGAUAGAUGAUAUAGUGGCGCUGGUGCGGGGGAAGCUGUCCAAGCAGAACAGAGUCACGCUGGGAGCUUUGGUGGUGCUGGACGUUCAUGCUAGAGAUGUUUUGGCCUCACUCGUUGAGAAGGGUGUGGACGAUGAGAACAAUUUUGAGUGGCUCAGCCAGCUUCGCUACUACUGGAUUGAGAACCACCUUCAGACCAAGAUGAUUAAUGCCGGCCUGGCUUAUGGCUAUGAGUACCUUGGCAACACUCCACGUCUGGUCAUCACACCCCUCACCGAUCGCUGCUACAGAACCCUAUUUGGAGCACUGCACCUGCACUUGGGAGGGGCUCCUGAGGGUCCUGCAGGUACAGGGAAGACUGAAACCACCAAAGAUCUGGCCAAAGCUGUGGCCAAGCAGUGCGUGGUCUUCAAUUGCUCCGACGGCCUCGACUACAUCGCUCUGGGCAAGUUCUUUAAGGGCUUGCUGUCCUGUGGUGCGUGGGCAUGCUUUGACGAGUUCAACCGUAUCGACCUGGAAGUGCUGUCAGUGGUGGCGCAGCAAAUUCUCACUAUUCAGAGAGGUAUUGCAGCCCAUGCAGAGAUGCUGUUGUUUGAAGGCACCAAGCUGAAACUCGACCCAUCCUGCGCCGUGUUCAUCACCAUGAACCCGGGCUACGCUGGCCGUUCUGAACUGCCGGACAACCUGAAGGCCCUGUUCCGGACCGUGGCUAUGAUGGUGCCAGACUAUGCCCUGAUCGCCGAGAUUGUGCUGUACUCCUGCGGCUUCGUUACAGCCCGUCCACUUUCCGUGAAGAUUGUGGCCACAUACAGGCUUUGCUCUGAACAGCUGUCCUCCCAGAGCCACUAUGAUUACGGCAUGAGAGCCGUCAAAUCUGUGCUGACCGCUGCAGGCAACCUGAAGCUGAAGUUUCCAGAAGAAAAUGAGGACAUUCUAUUGCUGAGGUCUAUCAUCGACGUUAACCUUCCUAAAUUUUUGGCCCAUGAUCUGCCAUUGUUUGAGGGUAUCACCUCAGAUCUUUUCCCUGGCGUCAAGCUCCCCAAACCUGACUACCGUGUCCUGCUGGAGGCCAUCAAGGAGAACAGCGACAAGAUGAACCUGCAGGUGACUGACUUCUUCGCCGACAAGAUCCUGCAGAUCUUUGAGAUGAUGAUUGUGCGCCAUGGAUUCAUGCUGGUGGGAGAGCCCUUCGGAGGAAAGACCAGCGCCUAUCGAGUGCUGGCCACUGCAUUACACGAUAUCUGUGAGAAGGGCCUGAUGGAUGAAAACAGGGUGCAAAUCACUGUUAUUAACCCAAAGUCCAUCACCAUGGGUCAGCUGUAUGGUCAGUUUGACCCUGUUUCCCACGAAUGGUCAGAUGGCAUCCUUGCUGUCAGCUACAGAGCAUUUGCCACAUCUCAGACUCCAGACAGGAAGUGGCUGAUCUUUGAUGGCCCAGUGGACGCUGUGUGGAUUGAGAACAUGAACACAGUGCUGGACGACAAUAAGAAGCUGUGCCUGAUGAGUGGAGAGAUCAUCCAGAUGUCCCCGCAGAUGAGCCUCAUCUUCGAGCCCAUGGACCUAGAGGUGGCUUCACCUGCCACGGUGUCCCGCUGUGGUAUGAUCUACAUGGAGCCUCACAUGUUGGGUUGGAGGCCCCUCAUGCUGUCCUGGCUGAACACGCUGCCCUCUACAGUCAGCUCCAUGCACAAAGACCUCAUCACCGGCCUGUUUGACCGCACACUGCCCGCCUGCCUGCAGCUAAUCCGCAAAGGAACCAAGGAGUUGUCUCCAACGUCAGACACCAACCUGGUGAAUUCUCUGAUGAACCUAAUGGACUGUAUGAUGGAUGAGUUCAGGGAGGAGGGCCAGAUGAAGGGCAUGAACGAGAGAGACAUCUGCUCUUGGCUGGAGGGUAUUUUUGUCUUCUCCCUGGUGUGGUCAGUGGGAGCCAGCUGUUCGGAGGCUGGCCGGCUGAAGUUUGACGGGCUGCUGAGGGAGGUGCUGACUGGUGCACUGAGUGAGGAGACUCGGGAGCGCCACGGGAUCCUGGAGCACGUAGAGCCGCCAACAAAGCAGCUGACUGUGCCCUUACCCACCGAGGGCACUCUGUACCAGUACCGCUUCAUCAAAGAGGGUCCAGGAAGAUGGGAGCUGUGGACGGACGAGCUGAAGCAGGCGCCCCCGAUCCCCAAGGACGUCCAGUUCAAUGAGAUUAUAGUGCCCACAGAGGACACAGUGCGCUACACGGCUCUGAUGGAGCUGCUCGUCACACACCAGAAGCCCGUCGUCUUUGUGGGGCCCACAGGAACUGGCAAGAGUGUCUACAUCAUAGACUUCUUGUUGAAUCAUCUGAACAAGGAUGUGUACAACCCUCUGCUAAUCAACUUUUCAGCUCAAACCACAGCUGCUCAAACCCAGAACAUCAUCAUGUCCAAGCUGGAUAAGAGGCGCAAAGGAGUGUUCGGCCCACCUCUGGGAAAGAAAACGGUGGUGUUUGUGGAUGAUGUGAACAUGCCGGCAAGGGAGACUUACGGGGCACAGCCACCCGUGGAGCUUUUACGUCAGUGGUUGGACCACUGGAACUGGUAUGACCUGAAGGACUGCUCCAUGAUCAACCUGGUGGACAUUCAGAUCAUGUGUGCAAUGGGGCCCCCUGGUGGUGGGAGGAACCCAGUGACACCUCGCUUCCUACGCCAUUUUAACACAGUGACAAUCAAUGAAUUUGAUGAGAAAACCAUGUACACCAUCUUCUCCAGGAUCCUGAACUGGCACUUGACCAUACGACUUCCUUUUCCAAAGCCCUUUGCUAGCCUUACCUCUCUGGUAGUUGCCGCUACCAUGGCCGUUUAUCAGGAAGCCACAAAGAACUUGCUGCCCACACCUGCCAAAUCCCAUUAUCUCUUCAACCUGCGAGAUUUCUCCCGUGUCAUCCAGGGCGUUUGCUUAUCUCGUCCAGAGACUGCAGAUGACCCUAAAGCUAUUAAACGCCUUUGGGUGCAUGAGGUGCAGAGGGUCUAUUAUGACCGUUUGGUCCACCCAUCUGACCGCACCUGGAUGGUAGAUUUCUUGCAAGAGGUCUGCCAGUCCCAGCUUAAGGAAGACUUCCACGAGCUUUUCAAGCACCUGGAUUUCGAUUCAGAUGGCUGUGUGACAGAAGACGACCUGCGCAGCCUCAUGUUCUGCGACUUCCACGACCCCAAGGGCGAAGACCGCAGCUACCGCGAGGUGGGUGACCUGGACCAGCUGCGUCAGGUGGUGGAGUCCCACCUGGAGGAGUUCAACAAUGUCAGCAAGGCACCCAUGAACCUGGUACUCUUCCGUUUCGCCAUCGAACACGUCUGCAGGAUCUCCCGUGUCCUCAAGCAGCCUCGUGGUCAUGCGCUCCUGGUGGGUGUCGGGGGAAGUGGUCGACAAUCCCUCACCCGCCUGGCCGCCCACAUGGCCGAGGCUGAGCUCUUCCAAGUGGAAAUCUCAAAAAGUUAUGGCACAGCUGAGUGGCGUGAUGAUCUCAAGCUCAUCCUGCGCAAGUCUACAUUCGGCGACACCCAUGGAGUCUUCCUCUUCACCGACACCCAGAUCAAGAUGGAGUCCUUCCUGGAAGAUGUCAGCAACCUGCUCAACACAGGGGAGGUGCCCAACCUCUUUGCUGUUGACGAGAAGCAGGAGAUCUGUGAGCGCAUGCGAGUCCUGGACCGCCAGCGGGAGCGGGACAAGCAGACAGAUGGAAGCCCGUUGGCACUUUUCAACAUGUUUCUUGAGCGCUGCCGCAGCCAGCUGCAUGUGGUUCUUGCUAUGAGUCCCAUAGGAGACACUUUCAGAGGCCGUUUGCGACGUUUCCCCGCCCUUAUCAACUGCUGCACCAUAGACUGGUUCCAGAGCUGGCCUGAAGAUGCUCUGCAGGCAGUGGCUUCUCGCUUCUUGGAGGAUAUUGAGAUGACGGAUGACACUCGCGCGGGCUGCAUCGACAUGUGUCAGAGCUUCCACACCUCCACCAUCAAUCUCUCAGCACGCUUUCUCAAUGAGUUGCAGCGGUACAACUACGUCACACCCACCUCCUACUUGGAGCUCAUUUCCACCUUCAAAGUUCUGCUGGAACGCAAGAGAACUGAGGUGAUGAAGCUGAAGCAGCGGUACGAGGUGGGCCUGGAGAAACUGGAAUCAGCCUCUGCUCAGGUGGCCACCAUGCAAGUGGAGCUGGAGGCUCUUCAGCCUCAGCUCCGCGUGGCCAGCAAAGAGGUUGACGAGAUGAUGGUGGUGAUCAAGCAUGAGUCUGAGGAGGUGGCCAAGACAGAAAAAGUGGUGCGGGUGGACGAAGCAGUGGCCAAUGAGCAGGCCAUGGCUGCCAAGGCCAUCAAAGAUGAAUGUGAUGCGGACCUGGCUGUAGCCCUGCCCAUCCUGGAGUCAGCUCUUGCUGCACUCGAUACGCUCACCCCACAGGACAUCACAGUGGUAAAGUCUAUGAAGAGUCCUCCAGCUGGUGUCAAGCUUGUGAUGGAAGCAAUCUGCAUCCUGAAGGGCAUCAAACCUGACCGAAUCCCAGAUCCCUCUGGCUCCGGCAAAAAGGUGGAGGACUUCUGGGGCCCAGCCAAGAAGCUUUUGGGUGACAUGAAGUUCCUUCAGAGUCUGCAUGAAUACAACAAAGAUAACAUCCCACCGGCCUACAUGACCAUCAUCCGCAACAAAUACAUCACCAAUCCUGACUUUGUGCCUGAGAAGAUUCGAACAGCCUCCACUGCUGCCGAAGGUCUCUGUAAAUGGGUCUGUGCAAUGGACUCCUACGACAAGGUUGCUAAAGUAGUGGCCCCCAAGAAAGAGAAGCUGGCACAGGCGGAGGGCGAGCUGAAGGUGGCUAUGGAGAGCCUCCAGAAGAAGCAGGCAGCUUUGAAGGAGGUCCAGGAGAAACUUGCCAAGCUGCAGGAGACCCUGGAGGCAAACAAGAACAAAAAGGCGGACCUGGAGAAUCAGGUUGAGCUGUGCAGUAAGAAGCUGGAGCGGGCAGAGCAGCUGAUUGGUGGUUUGGGGGGAGAGAAGACACGCUGGAGUGAGACUGCGCUACACCUGGGCGAGCUUUACAACAACCUGACCGGAGACAUCCUCAUCUCAGCUGCUAUAGUAGCUUACCUGGGGGCUUUCACCUCUAGUUACAGACAGAUAGCUACAGAUGAGUGGAUUGGGCUGUGUAAGGCCAGGGAGAUCCCCUGCUCCAAGAACGUGUCCCUGAUGCACACUCUGGGAGAGCCCGUGAAGAUCCGAAGCUGGACCAUUGCAGGGCUUCCCUCGGACAGCUUUUCCAUUGACAAUGGCAUCAUCAUCUCUAACGCGAGACGAUGGCCGCUGAUGAUCGACCCGCAGGGCCAGGCCAAUAAGUGGGUGAAGAACAUGGAGAAAGCCAACAGCCUGCACAUCAUCAAGCUGAGCGACGCUGACUUCGUGCGAACCCUGGAGAACUGUAUCCAAUUUGGCACACCAGUGCUGCUGGAAAAUGUGGGUGAGGAGCUAGACCCCAUUCUUGAGCCCUUGCUGUUGAAGCAGACUUUUAAGCAAGGUGGAAGUGUGUGUAUCCGCCUUGGAGAUUCCACUAUAGAGUAUGCACCAGAUUUUCGCUUCUACAUCACAACUAAGCUACGCAACCCUCACUAUCUACCCGAAACUUCAGUCAAGGUAACGCUUCUGAACUUCAUGAUCACGCCUGAGGGUAUGCAGGACCAACUGCUGGGCAUCGUUGUGGCACGAGAGAGGCCGGACUUGGAAGAAGAGAAGCAAGCCCUCAUACUGCAGGGAGCUGAGAACAAGAGACAGCUGCAGGAAAUCGAGGACAAGAUCCUGGAAGUGCUCUCCUCGUCCAAAGGUAACAUUCUGGAGGAUGAGAGGGCCGUUCAGAUCCUUUCCUCCUCCAAAGUGCUGGCCAACGAGAUCUCAGAAAAGCAGGCUGUCGCAGAAGUGACAGAGCAGAAGAUCGACGAGACCCGCAUGGGCUACACACCCAUCGCAGUCCACUCGGCCAUCCUGUUCUUCUCCAUCGCUGACCUGGCCAACAUUGAACCAAUGUACCAGUACUCACUAACCUGGUUCAUCAACCUCUUCAUUCUGUCCAUCGACAAUUCUGACAAGAGUGAUGUCCUGGAGCAGAGACUGCAGAUUCUGCGAGACCAUUUCACCUACUCGCUGUACGUUAACGUGUGCCGCUCGCUCUUCGAGAAGGACAAACUCCUCUUCUCCUUCUGCCUCAACGUUAACCUGCUUAAACAUGACAAGCUUAUUGAUGAAAAUGAAUGGCGUUUUCUGCUGACGGGUGGCGUGGGACUGGACAACCGUCACUCCAACCCCUGUACCUGGCUGCCCAAGAAGUCCUGGGAUGAGAUCUGCCGGCUGGACGAGCUGGAGCACUUCAAGGGGCUGCGCAAGGACAUGGCCCGCCUCAGAGACGGAUGGAAAGAAGUCUAUGACAGCAAGGAUCCUCAUCACACACCUUUUCCUGGAGAGUGGCAGGAGAAACUGGGACAGUUCCAGAGAAUGUUACUUAUCCGCUGCCUGAGACCAGACAAGAUGAUCCCCAUGGUUCAGGAGUUUGUGUCUGACAGCUUGGGCCAUCAGUUUAUUGAAGUCCCUCCCUUUAACCUGGGGAAGGCAUUUGGGGACAGCCACUGCUGCGCUCCCCUCAUCUUCAUCCUCUCACCGGGAUCAGACCCCAUGGCAGCACUGCUCAAAUUCGGAGACGAACAGGGCUUCUCUGGGAACAAGUUGACUUCACUGUCCCUAGGCCAAGGCCAGGGCCCCAUCGCCAUGAGCAUGAUCGAGACGGGUGUGAAGGAAGGCACCUGGGUGGUCUUACAGAACUGCCAUCUGGCCACGUCCUGGAUGGCAACUCUAGAACGGGUGUGCGAGGAGCUGAACCCGGACACCACUCACCCAGAAUUCCGUCUGUGGCUGACCAGUUACCCCUCACCCAACUUUCCUGUGGCCGUCUUACAGAACGGCGUCAAAAUGACCAACGAGGCCCCCAAAGGGCUGCGCUCUAACAUCAUCGGCUCCCUCUACAUGGAUCCUAUCUCUGACCCUGAGUUCUUCAACAGCAGCUCCAAACCGGCUGUCUUUAAGAAGCUGCUGUAUGGUCUGUGUUUCUUCCAUGCACUGACCCAAGAGAGGAGGAAGUUUGGCCCCCUGGGCUGGAACAUCCCCUACGAGUUCAACGAGACUGAUCUGCGCAUAUCUGUCCAGCAGCUGCACAUGUUCCUGGACCAGUACGAAGAGGUGCCUUUUGAUGCGCUCCGCUAUAUGACAGGAGAAUGUAACUACGGAGGCAGAGUAACGGACGACUGGGAUCGCCGGACCCUCCGUACCAUCCUCUCCAUUUUCUACACAGCCAACAUCAUCACAGACCCCCAUUAUAAGUUUGACCCCAGCGGCAUUUACUAUGCACCACCUGAGGGAGAUCACAACGGUUACAUUGAGUACACCAGGUCGCUCCCGCUGUAUCCUUCACCGGAAAUCUUCGGCAUGAACGCCAAUGCCGACAUCACCAAGGACCAGGUGGAAACCCAGCUCCUGUUCGACAGCAUCCUGCUCACUCAGUCUCGCACGUCUGGAGGAGAUGCGAAAUCAUCAGACGACAUGGUGUACGAGGUGGCGGCGGAUAUUUUGGGCAAGCUGCCACGGGACUUUGAUACAGAGGCUGCCAUGCGCAAGUUCCCCACCAGCUACAACCAGAGCAUGAACACUGUGCUGGUUCAAGAGAUGGGCCGCUUCAACAAGCUGCUGCAGACCAUCCGGGACUCCUGUAUCAACAUCCAGAAGGCCAUCAAGGGUCUGGUGGUGAUGUCUGCUGAGUUAGAAGAAGUUGUGACGAGCAUUCUGAAAGGCCGUAUUCCCGGCAUGUGGAUGAAGAAGUCUUACCCCAGCCUCAAACCACUGGGAGGAUACGUCAGUGACUUCUUGGAGAGGCUUGCGUUUUUGCAGGGGUGGUACGAUAAUGGCACGCCUGCGGUCUUCUGGAUGUCAGGCUUCUUCUUCACGCAGGCCUUCUUGACAGGAAGCCAGCAAAACUACGCUCGCAAGCACACCAUUCCCAUCGACCUGCUGGGCUUCGACUUUGAGGUCAUGGACGACAAGGAGUACAAGCAGCCUCCUGAGGACGGUGUCUACAUUCGCGGUUUGUUCCUGGAUGGUGCUCGAUGGGACCGGAAGACGAAGCUCCUCGCUGAGUCUUAUCCGAAGAUUCUUCAUGACACCAUGCCUGUGAUUUGGCUGAAGCCCAUCAAGAAGCAGGACAUCCCCCAGCGACUGUGCUACGUUGCUCCCGUCUACAAGACCAGCGAGAGGCGCGGGACGCUGUCCACCACUGGUCACUCCACCAACUACGUCAUCGCCAUGACACUGAACUCGGACGUUACCCCCGAUCAUUGGAUCCGCCGCGGCGUCGCCCUGCUGUGCCAGCUGAACUCGUGAAGAACCAACAGCAAACGGAUUAAAGACGAGCAAUUUACUGCACUGUAUUAUUCAAUUACAUUCUAUUCACAAAUAUCACUUACUGAGGCUCUGAUUGUGAUGAUUCCGCAUCUGCGGCAGGUUUUAUUGAUUCUUUACAAUUUAUCGCAAAAUUUC